CGGAGCCUUCUACCAGCUGCCACACUCAGUGAAGAUGGCUCAUACUGCUUUGGAGGCUUUGGCUCUUAAACGAAUCCAGAAUGAGUUACUUCUAUUCUCUCAAGAUCCCCCGGCUCAGUGUUCUGCAGGGCCGGUGGAGGGAAAUAUGUUUAAUUGGCAAGCGACCAUAAUGGGGCCCCAAGACAGCCCCUACCAGGGAGGGGUUUUUUCCCUGUCUGUCCACUUUCCGAACAAUUACCCCUUCAAGCCCCCCAAAGUUUCGUUCAUGACCCGAAUUUACCAUCCAAACAUCAGCAAAAAUGGAGGCAUCUGUCUAGAUAUCUUGAAUUCUAAAUGGUCACCUGCUCUUACGAUUUCCAAAGUUCUUGUUUCUAUCUGCUCUCUCUUAUGCGAUCCAAAGCCAGACGAACCCCUGGUUCCUGAAAUUGCGAAGAUCUACCGCGACGAUUUAAGGAAGUAUGAUAAUUUGGCUCGAGCGUGGACCCAGAGAUAUGCAAUGUAAUUUCAGCAUAUUGUCAUAAUAAUAAAAACAAGUGGU